UGGACACAACGCCUGGAAGGCCGAUGGAGCAUGGAGGGAGCCUGGGAGAUUGGCGCAAAAGUUCUGGUGGCACCCCCGUCACCCUCCGGGCCAGGCGAGGCGCCCCGCCGCUGGGCACCAUCCGCUUCAUUGGGCAGACCGACUUUGCCCCCGGGGAGUGGAUCGGGGUGGAGCUGUUUGAGCCCAAGGGCAAGAACGACGGCAGCGUGAAGGGUCAUCGCUACUUCAGCUGCAAGGACAAGCAUGGGCUUUUCUGCAAGGCGAGCUUUCUGCGGGAGGCGGAGCCCAAGGAGCCUCCGAAGCCAACAGCCGAAGAGGUUCCCGAGGACGACGCCCAGGCUGCUGGGGCUGCUGGGGCUGCUGAGGCUGCUGAGGCUGCUGAGGUGAAGCAAGAUGCGGGAGGACGGAAGAGCCACGCCUCGCCCUUUGCGCGCCGGGCGGCGGGGGCGGAUCCCUGGGCCAGUGACAGCAGCUGCGGGGGCUCCAUCAUCGUGGCGGAGGAAAGUGAAGCCAACGACAGCGGCAGCUCGGAGGACUCGGCUGACGAGAAGCCCGACGAGAGCACUGCCCAUGCAGGCGCCGAGGCCGAGGGCGAUGAGGGCGACAGCGUUGACAAGGAGAGGGAGUCCUGGCACGCCAAGGUGCAGGAUUUGGCGCAAAGGGGUCUGCAGCUGGGGCAUCUGCUGGGCUUCUAUCAGAGUCUGGCGGAAGGGUCCCUGGUGGGGGACCAGGGCCAGAGGCUUAUGACCCACUUCGACCCGGAUCAGCACACCACCCACGACGUGGUGCGCUCCGCCAUCAUCCCCGCAACGAAGAGCACGCCCUUCGGCAGCUGCGCCUACUCCACGGCCGCCGGAGGGAACGCCGCGUGUUUGGCCACCGUCAUGGUGUCGCACCACUGGCGCAACCUCUUCUGCCACCUGGUGGCCGCGGUGGUGGCCUUUGCUCUGGGGGAGACCAGCUACGAGGCAACGGCCAAGUGCCUGGUCGAGAAGGACUUCGAGUCUUUGCGCCAAAGGCUGGACCGCCGGGACGCGCUGCGCAGCACCUUUUGGCUGUGCUUGUUCUGCGUGAACCAGCACGCCAGCAUCUGCAACGGCCUGCCGGGCGCACCGCUUCCGCGCGAGGGCCAGCGGGAGGAGGAGCAUCGAGAGGCCUUGGAGUAUCACCACCGGGAGACCCACGACCCGGUGACCCAGCAGCACUUCGAGCUCUGCGGCUGCGCCACCACCAAGCACUGGAACAACUCCUCCCUCUGCGAAAUGGACAAGUUCGACGCCAUGAUGGCGGCGCUGGACAAGGAGGUGCCGAAGGCGGUGCAGCGGAAGCUGAACCACGUCAUCGUGGUGGAUCGCAGCUUUGAGGUCUUCUCCAGGAUCUGGGUCAUGGCGGAGAUCGCCAAGGCGCAGGAGCUGGAGCUGACGCAGGUGGCCAUGCUCUUCCCGCCCCCCGAGAAGCUCAAGGCGAAUCCCACGGGCAAGCGGAGGAGCCAAGUGCCGGCCAGCGCGGCUCUGGAGGUGGCGCGGGUGCGGGAGACGCUGGACGUGCGGAACUGCAAGGCCAGCCGCCGGGAGGACGUGGACGCCAUCUUGGCGUCGAUUCCGGACGUGGACGCCUUCAACGACAAGCUGAAGGAGGUGCUCUUCAACGAGCGCUCGGGCAUCCUGGAGACCUGGAGCGCCGAGCGCUGCGCGGGCUUCUUCGACGUCAUCGACCCCCUCAAGGACCUGGUCUCGGUGGAGCAGCUGAGCGCGCCGCAAGUCAUCAUGCUGGGCCAGGAGAGCACUGGCAAGUCCACGCUCCUGGAGCGGCUGACGGGGCUGCCCAUCUUCCCUCGAAACGCGGACCUUUGCACCAGGGCGUUGAUCAAGGUGCGCCUGCGCCGGGGCGAGCAGCGGAAGCUGCGGCUUCUGGUGCAGGACAUGCAGACGCAGCGGGAUGAGGACCCGCAGGGCGCGCAGCCGGGGCAGGGGCUGGAGCUGGAGCUGGAGGGCCUGGGGGCUGCCGUGAUGAAGGAGAUGACGCGCCAGGUGCGGCUGGAGGCCUUGCGUUUGGAGGUGCCGGGCAAGGACGAGGCCUACUACGCGGCGAACGUCAAGGCCACGCCUUUGGAGCCUUCGGAUGGUCUCUGCACCAAGAAGCUGCUGGUGGUGGAGCUGGUUUCUCCGAAGGCGCCUAACCUGGACGUGGUGGACUGCCCGGGGCUGGUGGCCGCCUCGGCGCGGGGGCGGCCCGCGGACGUGGCGGCCAGCACCGCGGGCCUGGUGCGGAGCUACGCCAAGAAGCACCGGGAGGGCGGGCUCUUCGUGGUGGCGGUGAAGGCUUCUGAGCAGCCCAACAACUCCCUGGCAAUGCGGCUGGUGCAGGAGGUGGGACUGGAAGGCCGGGCCUUGGGGGUGCUCACCAUGACGGAUGUGCUCACCGGCGACCUCACGGACGGCAAGACGACGCUGCACUCCACCUUCCUGAAGCACCACGGGCCUCGGCUGCUGCAGCUGCUGAAGGGCAGCGACGAUGCGGGGGGCGGGGUGCAGCUGGGACUGGGCUACACGCUCACGGCGCUGAAUGACGUGUGCGAAGAUAGGGGCUGGCUGAGCCUCUCCCGGGUGGAUGCCAUGGCACAGUGGGAGCAGCGCUACUUCAUGCAGCUGGCCAAGCAGUGGCCGGCCAGCGCCCGGGAGCACAAGGGCGAGGAGGUUGAGCCGGACUUCUUGCUGGAGAGAUGCUCCUGCAACAGCCUUUGGCGCCACAUCAAGGAUGCGGUGGACACUUUUGUGCGCGACCAUUGGCUGGUGGACACCGUCCGACUGGUUCGACAGGAGGCGGAGCAGCUGGCCGCGGCGGAGCGGGCGCUGGGCCUGCCGCGGGCCUUGGCCCCGCCGCACGCGGCGCAGCUGCGGCGCUUCGGGGAGCUGCUGCCGGGCGCGCUGCGCAGCCACGUGCAGGAUGGCCUGGAGGCCACGGAGGACGGGAGCCUUGGGGCGCUCUUCUGCCGCCACGUCAGCCAGCGGCUGCGGGAGGAGCUGCAGAAGGCCUGGAGCGAGCGGGGGCUUUUCGGGCACCUGGCCGCGGAACUGGAGAAGGAGCUCAUGGCCUGCGUGCCGGAGGAGCUGCCGCUGACCCGGGCCACUCCCGGCGGCUUCCACCUGGCUGCGGCGCUGCGCGGCGGCCUCGCCCCGGCGGCUUCGCGGCUCGCGGGCUUCGCGGAGAAGGCGAAGGCGGGGCUGUGGCAGCGGCUGGAGCUCAAGGCCUCCGAGCAGCGCCUGGACCGCCUCAGGUCAGCAGAGGAGGCAUUGCAGGCGGCCCUCUGGGCCGAGCUGCAGGCGCUGGUUUGUUUUGUCAAGGCCCAGCUGAGGAGGAGCUCGUGUCCGAGGCUUCGCUGGAGCUGAGCCCUUGGGUGCGUCUGGAGAAGAAGUCGGUAUUCACCUUCACAGCUCGCCUGGAGAAAGCGCAGCUGGUGCAGCGCCUGUCCCUGCAGUUCCACAGGUUUCUGGAGGAGCAGCUGGGCAGGCUGCCGGAGUUGGCGGAGAAGCUACAGGAGAAGCUACCGCCAGAGGUUUUCGUGGAGGACUGCUCGGAGCAGCGCUUCCAGCUGCUGAGCCAGCUGCAGAAGCUGCGCCUGGUGCAGGCGCGGCUGAGGGAGUCCUUCGGCGAGGAGCUGCCGGAGGCGGAGGCAUCCGCCAGCGCGGCGCCCGAGGCGAAGGCAUCCGCGGCGCGCGCGGAGCACACGGCGGAGGAGUCGGAGACUCGGUUCCGGAGGACGGAGGAAGAGGUGAAAGGUGUGGUGGAAAGCUGGAAGGAGUUCUUGCACGAGCGCGCCUUCGGCUUCUUUCCGUCCGUGGAGGAGCUGGAGGCAGUGCUUGCGAGUCUGGCGCGCAAUACCGACGCAGGGACGGAUCCCUUGGAGGGCGAGGACCACGUGCUCUGGCGCGGGGAGUCUUCGGAGUCGGAGGCCUUCCUGUACAUCACCCCCGAGUCCUCGUCCCCAACAUACGUGAACCGACUGCUGGCCGCUUUGUUCGUGGAGGACGAGGCUUUUGCGCGCCUGUCCACACUGCCCAAGGAGCCCUUUCGGAUGAGCUGCGGCAACCAGCUGUGCGUCAGUCUCACCCACAUCACCCUGCCCGAGUAAGCCCAAGGUCCCACGAGUGACUGGCCAAGGGAGGGCUUCUUGUUGACAAGAAGCAAGGGAUGCCAGGAUGCCAUCCCUGCUCACCUGCUUACCUACCAAUACUGCACCGCAUCGACCUGAGUGGAGUCUAUGUGCGGACAUGCUGUUGUGUUGUGACGGGAUCUUGGAGCCAUGGUCUACAAUUGCGAACGAUGCCAGCCCCUGGAUUGCCCAGUUGAAACAGAGCAAAAUACGGAAGCGACUAGGCAGGCACUUUACCGAUCGCCGGCAGCAGUUUCGCGGCGUGCCGCCUCUGCCUCCGGAAAGAAAAAACACAGCACCCUUAUAGCAGAUCCCAUCGUGGCUGCGAAAGCCGGCGCUUGGAGCCCGUAGGUCUGGGUUCUGCCAGAUGAGCGACGAGAGGAUAGUCUUGGAGAUUGGACAGCCGCCUUGCUGCCAUGUGUCGUAGGUGAUCCACGGAGCGCAGAAGAGGAAGCAGCAAUUUUUCCAGCGGCGGCUUUGCCCAGGGAGCAAUUGAGUCAGCUCAAUGGUGUCAAUUAUUGGCGCGUAUGGUCGCGCGAUUCCUGGUACACUGAGGCGCAUAGCUCAACCGAGGCCUUUGGCAAGUCCUUGCCAGCAGGUCAAAAGAAUCUGCCAGAGGCUGCAGAGUUGGACUGGAAUGGGAGCUUGCACAAGCUGGAGCAUGUGGCAAAUCCUGUGUUGGUGGCGCAUGAUUUGAAGCUCAAACCUGGAGGUGGCAUAGUGCUUCCUGACUCGAGACAUCGAUGGUUGACAUCUCCGGCAGGUCUUUGCGCGAAGCCGACUUGAAACAGAUUGCAACAUUGAGCUACCAGCUGACCUUUGCCUUCAUUCGCAAGCCGCAAGAAGGGCAAGUUCGAGCCAUUUGCUUCUAAUCAGACCCCAUCUUCGCCAACGGGAUCAGCCUUGAACUGCCGGUCUCAUGCUUGGAGACCAGAUCAUGCAGAUUGAGGGCAAACGGGAGCAAAAGGAGACCUCCGAAAAUGGCGCGUC